AGGUGCUGCUCACACUGAGUGAAGAACCUCAUAGUGUUGGACUUUGAUGAAGGCAGUCAGUGGGAGUUCCAUUUUAAAGUGGAAUUGAAAAAUAUGGCAGAUUCAGCACGUCGUGAACUGAUCAUAAAGGCAAUAUUCAUCUGCCUUCUUAAACUUGUUUUCAGCUACAGUUUCAGGAGUUGCACAGAGAUCCCUGAUUCUAACCAUAAAAUCUUCAGAUGCAUUAAAUGUCAUGAAACAGACAUAACUACAGUUGUGAGCGAUGUAUUUCACACUGCAACAAACCUUACAGUUUCUCGGAAUAACAUUGCAUACAUUCAAGGCCAAAGCUUCCAUCAUCUGUCCAAUCUGACUUCUCUGGUACUAGACGCUAACCAUAUUGUUAACAUCCACAAAGAUGCUUUUAGUAACCUGCAAAAACUUCAGACUUUAAACCUGUCCUGCAAUUACAUAUCAUCUCUCCACCGUGAUGUCUUCAGUGACUUACAUAAUCUCACAGAGCUGCUCCUGGGAAACAAUAAUCUCACUAAUAUUGAUAUGUUCCUGUUUUCUAAUUUGACAAACCUCAAGAUUCUUGACCUACGCAGGAACCACCUGAAAAACUUUUCAGCUUUGGUUGAAUGUAUAACAAACCUGUCCAGCUUGAUACAACUGGAUCUUUCUUUUAACAAGCUAACCACCCUGCAUCACUCCACCCGUCUGCCAAACUCGCUUGCCAAACUCUACCUCAGCGAUAAUAAACUACACAAACUGGGAUGUGACAAGUCUUUCCUAAAGUAUGUGAAAGUUCUAGAUUUAUCAGACAACACAUUACUGUCAUCCAAGACUUUUCAGGGCCUGAAUCUGGAGUAUAUAAAGUAUCUGCGCUUGCGCUUUACCAAAGUCUCUGCUAGGAAGCUUCUUAAUUAUACCAAUAUACAACCAAGGCACAUCGACUUCUCUGGUUUGAAUCUGAAAGAUCAUGCACUGACUUCGCUGUGUUUUCAUCUGCAUGAUCAUCAAAUACCUAAAAUGAUACUCCAGAGCAAUGCCAUCAGAGUUCUAAACAAAAACACAUUUUGUAAUUGCUCUAAUAUCACUGAUGUAAUGGACCUCUCACGGAACAAUAUGAAAACCACAGGCUGCUUGCAGUUUCUGCACUGUCAGAAACAACUGGAAACUCUCAAGAUUGAACAUAACCAUCUGACCAAUCUAAUGUCCUGCAAAAAAUGUGAAAAGGUCUACAGCUUGAAAAGCCUGAGCUAUCGAUACAAUCGUAUUCUACAGGUUAAUGGUUAUGCCUUCAGUAAUACACCAAAAUUAACAAACCUUGAGCUAAACAUAAACAUAAUUGCCUAUUUGGACCAUAAAGCCUUAAGUGGACUCAAAGAUCUCAACACACUUCGUCUCGACAACAAUCUUUUGACCGAUAUCUACAAUGACACCUUUGAAGAUCUUACCAGCCUGAAAACUCUCAACCUGCGCAACAACCAAAUAGCUGUGAUUUUCAACUAUACCUUUCAAAAUCUGUCAAAUUUAACGAUUUUAGAUUUAGGGGGGAACAAGAUCACGCAGAUGAAGCCACAUGCAUUUGAUGGGCUGGAAAGCUUGGCCAAUCUGUAUUUAGAUAGAAAUCGUCUGAAAGUGAUUGACCGCAUGCUCUUUGGAAAACUUCAUGCCACCCUGCAGGUGCUGGAUUUACAGGCUAACCACAUCAUGUACUUUACAGAACAUACAUACUCACCAUUUAUAAAUAUGUCAAGGCUUCUUGAUCUGAAACUUGAUGCACAGGAACCAAAUGGCAUAAACUUGUUGCCACGUGCAUUUUUCCGUGGUCUAACUUCUCUGAAAAGACUUUACCUCUCUAACAACCAUAUCAUUGGAUUCGGUGCCGAAACAUUUGAUGACCUGAAAUGCUUGGAGUUCUUAACUCUGGACAACUCAUGUGUUGGGAUCGCCCAGCUCAAACCUGGUAUUUUCAAAAACCUUCGAAAAUUAAAUAUUUUAUCCACUGAGAACAUGGGCAUUACAUCAUUUUCUAAAGAGGUCUUUGGAAAUCUCACAGGACUGAAGCAACUACAUCUCAAUCGCAAUGCCAUGAUGUCUUUGGACAUCAGUUUACUGGACAAUCUGACCAAUCUAACAUACGUUGACUUGCGCAGCUGUCCUCUCAGUUGUGGCUGCCAGAAUAGUGAACUACAGAACUGGACCUUAAGCAGUAAGAGACUCCAGUUUCCUUAUCUUUUCAAUAUUACAUGCCAAGACCAUCCAGGCUCGUUUUUUUCAGUUUACUACAAUAUAUUUUACCAAAUAUAA